GAACGAUAUGUCUGUUUAUAUUAGAACAAUGUUUGAGUUAGGUAGGUACGGUGAUGUUACGGCAAAGAGUCUGUAUGGCUAAAGACACUUAAUACCUCCAUCCCGUAACUAGCUAAUUUAUCACCGGAUGUCCUAAUUGCCAUACCUGAAACUGGGGCUGUGUGGCACAAAGUGAAUGCAAGUCAUAAGUUAUAAACUGGGACGUAUCUAGAUGGAACAUCAUCAACAUGAAUGGAGGCUUCACCAAUCUGAAACUGAAAGACGUCUUUUGGUAACAGUAAUAUGGUAGCAAAAGUAAACAUUAACGUUACAUUCUUUACUCAAGCGGAAAUACAGAUUCUUGUGUUAAAAUAGUAUCGACUAAACUUCUUUACUAGUAUAGUGGUAAGUUAGUGUAGUACAGGCUCUGAAAUGUACUCAAAGUAUAAAAGUAAAACGUACGUUACUCUCUUGGUUUCCCUGACAUUUCGAUAGGCUGUUGCUUGCAAAGCAAUUACAGUAACGUUAGUCUCCAUCUCGUCUGUUACGUCUUGAUACGUCCUUACUUCUUUUACGUCGGUGCAUGUCAUACCAACACCAGAAGCGGCGUAGGGGAGACUGGGAACUGUAGGCGAAUCCAUGCAGAACAAGAUAUCACAUGUUCCUGAAUGCACACAAACUUAAGGGUCCAGAUCACUUCACUAUGUUGAUAAGCCCAGAACAGGAGGCGCUAAUUGGCCGGGUGUUUGAAACCUAUCUGACAGAGCAUCAUCAUGAGCACAUUCUUCAGCUUGUUGCAGAUACUGAUGAAGAGACCCAUCACCCUGUUGUUAUUAAUGCCAUGACAUUAUUUGAAGCGAAUAUGGAGGUUGGGGACUACUUCAAUGCCUAUCCCAAUGAUGUCCUGGCUAUAUUUGAUAAAGUGUUACAAAGAACAGCCGUGGAGUUAUCAGAGAAUGCCUCUCCCAAGCGCCGUGGAGGACAAAGAACAAAAGUGCACAGAAUGAGACGCACUCCUCAUGCCCGCAUAACAGGUCUGCCAGUGUGUCCAGAGCUGACCAGAGAGACCAUUCCCAGGUCCAGAGAUGUAGGGCACUUUUUGUCUGUCACUGGUACUGUCAUACGCACCAGUGUUACCAAGGUUCUGGAAUACGAGCGGGAGUACAUGUGCGCAAAGUGUCAUCAUGUUUUCACAGUGCUGGCUGAUUUUGACCAGUUCUAUACCUUCGUCCAACCGGUAGCCUGUCCUAAUCCUGAUGGCUGUAACUCGUACAAAUUCAGCUGUCUGUCUGUAGGCUCUGAGCCUGCUUCCUGCAAGGAUUACCAGGAAAUCAAGAUACAAGAGCAAGUACAGAGGCUGUCACUGGGCAGUAUUCCUCGUUCUAUGGUGGUGGUUCUGGAGGAUGACCUGGUUGACAGUUGUAAAUCAGGAGAUGAUGUGACUGUCUAUGGGGUGAUGUGCCAGCGCUGGAAGCCCUUUUAUGAUGGCGCUCGCUGUGAUGUUGAAAUGGUCCUCAAAGCUAACAACAUAGAAGUGAAUAACCAGCAGGUUUCUGCUGCUCUGGUCAUGAAGGACGUUCAGAAAGAAAUUGAAGAGUUCUGGAAUAGCUGCAAACAUGAUCCCAUAGCUGGUCGGAACCAGAUCUUGUUGAGCCUGUGCCCACAGGUAUUUGGAAUGUAUUUGAUUAAACUGGCGGUAGCCAUGGUGUUGGCUGGCGGUGUGCAGAGAACGGAUUCUUCUGGGACUAAGAUCAGAGGCGAGUGCCAUAUGUUGCUGGUUGGUGACCCUGGUACAGGAAAGUCUCAGUUUCUGAAGUAUGCAGCUAAGAUCAUGCCUCGCUCUGUACUCACAGCCGGAAUCGGAUCAACAAGUGCAGGACUGACAGUAGCAGCUGUGAAAGACGGAGGUGAUUGGCAUCUGGAGGCAGGAGCCCUGGUCCUGUCAGAUGGUGGUUUGUGCUGCAUUGAUGAAUUCAACAGCAUCAAGGAACAUGACCGUAUCAGCAUCCAUGAAGCUAUGGAGCAACAAUCUAUAAGUGUUGCCAAAGCUGGUAUGGUGUGUAAGCUGAACACUCGGACCACCAUCUUGGCAGCCACUAAUCCUAAAGGACAGUAUGAUCCCAACGAGCCAUUGUCUGUGAAUGUAGCUCUGGCUAGCCCUUUGCUGAGUCGUUUUGACCUUGUUCUAGUUCUACUGGACACCAGAAAUGCAGAGUGGGACCGUAUCGUCUCCUCUUUUAUUCUGGAGGACAGAGGACUGUCUGCUGAGUCUUCCAGCCUGUGGUCCAUGGAGAAAAUGAAGGCUUAUUUUAGUACGAUUAAACACUUGGAACCGCAGGUGUCCGAGGAGGCAAACAGCAUCUUGACACGUUACUACCAGCUGCAGAGACAGAGUGAUGGCCGCAAUGCUGCCCGCACCACCAUUCGCAUGUUGGAGAGUCUAAUCAGACUGGCUGAAGCCCAUGCCAGGCUCAUGUACAGAGAGACCGUGACCAUAGAGGAUGCUGUUAUGGCUGUCUGUGUCAUGGAGUGCUCCAUGCAGGGUGGCGCUCUGCUGGGAAAUGUAAAUACAUUACUCACCUCAUUCCCUGCUGACCCCAGUAAGCAGUACCAAACCCAGUGUCGGAUACUGCUGGAAGGACUGAACCUGCCACUGUUACUUCAGAAAGAGAUGGACAGACUGGCCAGGUUAAAGAGCAACACCUCAGAGUCCUCCCCACCAACUCAUAAUUACCAGCAUCAACUCAGCGACACAAAUUCCAUGGACGAAACACAUCACCAUGACAUCACCAGUAACUACAAGGAUGAUGGCUUGGACUGGUUUAUCUCCAUCACUCCAUCACUGUUGCCAGAUGGUAUGGUCUCACCCAUAAUUACUUCUACUCAAGAAAACCAAAAUAGAAAACCAAACUCCAGUUGGUCAGAAAUGUCUACAGUAACCAAACAGCCAAACGGUCAAACUGAGAAGGACAUUUCAAGUAACAUUGGCUCAACCUUAAAUCAUGAUGUAGUUUCAAAUCAGUUUGGAACAAUUACCUCUGCUUUAGAAGAAGAAAACCAAAAAAGCGAAAAUGAAAACAAAGAAAAAACCUCUGUAACCCAAGAGGGGAUAAAGCAACCUGAGAGACAGAAAGAUACAAAACAUCCAGAGUCAUUGGGGUGUGUGUUUCAGAAAGUCUCUAAGAAUCUGAGAGGAAGAAGACUCUGGGAGCUGGAGCUGAAUAAUCAGCAGUGUGACAAAAAGGGAGAAGGAGAACAUAGAGAAACGGUGGAGUUUGUUUGUAAAAAUGUUACAAAAUCCCACACUAGCAGCACACUGUCAUCAGGUAAGCACCACCCCCCCAAUAUCCUAGUUCAGGAUAACCUUUCUUCUGGCAAAGAAAGUACAUUUGCUAAGGAAGACAAUAAGGAUCGGACUGGUAUUAAGAACAUUAGUGCUGUGCUAAGCGAAAAGAUGGAAGCUGAAGCGGGAACAUGUAAAGAAUUGCAUGAAAAGUUUUCAGGCUUUAAAUUCAAACCAAGGAAGAUGAGACCUUUAGUCCUCAGCCACACUGCCAACUCAGAUUUCAGCGCAGUGUUCCAACCUGGAUGUAACCCAGGGAGCAGAUAUUUUCAUGCUCACACAGAAGGCAGAAUCAGUAAACAGAAGCCAGAAACAGUUACAGACACAGAGAAGAAUAGGAGACAGAAUAACCAGGACCAGAACAUAAUUACUUCUGAAGGUGUAAGCAUGAGAAACCAGGUGAGCUGUGUCUGUGAGGUUGGAGACAGUAGGUCUGAAGCCAGUAUUUGUUCUACAUCAAAAGAGCUGGGUAAGAAUGUUUUAUCCUUUGGAAAGCGCAAAUGGGGACAUGGGGAAACUGUAGGUAGAAUAAAGGGGAUGGAUGAUACCGAAAAUCUCUGUCUACAACAUAGAGUCAACACCGGUUAUGAGAGUAAAGUAGUUAGCUCUACUUGCACCCCACCUUUAAAACCAAGCACUUGGGUUUAUGGUUCAGCACCAUCCAAAUCAGGCCACACCAAGUCCACUGUAGCCUCCUCAACCCUGGCUAAACUCUCAGUAUUCACAUUCACCUGCACAGCUGAACCCACGACCACAACUCAGAUGAGAGUGGAAAAAAAUCCUCCUACUGGAGUGGAAGAAAGUCCCCUUAAAAGAGAUAGUGCUGAAUGCUUGAGAGGGAAUUCUAAAGACAAAAAAACUCUAAAUUCCCCCGAAUACAGUCCCUUGGGAAAGAAGAUCAUGGGCAAAGUAAGGGACACAUUAACACCCCCAACCACUGAGCUCACACAAGGACAAAAACACGAACAAGGGACAGAGUUACCAACUAAAACAAGGUGCAAAGAAAAUCAGAAAGAACCUACUUAUGCUGAUGAUGGUCCUGACUACCAAAGUACUGUAAAUCUGAAGAAGAGAAAGAGUUUUGAAAUAGGCACUCCACCUAGUAGUGUUGGUGGCUCAAAGGGUCUGUUCUCAGGGCUGUCUCUGUUUGGCUCUGUUGAGUUAAGUAAUGAUGUCCUUGAAACUGACUGGGACCAAGAGGUUUCAAAGAAAGCCAAAAUAUGAAGAAUUAUGAAGAACUGUCACUUUGUGUGUGGGGGUGAAAAACCACAAUAAUGUACGUCAUAUCACAUUUUUCCAUGGGGUACAUCAAUUUAAUGUUUGAUUUAGUUACCUUCCGUAGCUUGAGAAUAAAAAACUAAAUUGGUUCAGGUGGUUUUUUUUUUGGUUUUUUUUGCUUCCUCAUUUGCCAGUCAGAGCAAUGGAAUUAUGAAUUAAUAAUAAAAGCUGACAGAUGUUUUUUAACCACAGCACUUUUAGGCCUAUACUCCAUUAGUGUCAAUACAGCCAAUACAACAUUUUCCUUGGCACCUACAUCCACUCCCAUGAUAUUAUUAUACAGUACACUUACUUUGUAUCCUUACAUUAAUGACCAACUGUGUGGAAAAUGUGAAUGCGGCCAGUGUCUUUGGAUUUAUUUCUUACCACCCACAAGCCACUGAGUUUCAUUAGUUUCACAUCCGCUUUGAAAAUCAAUAAAGCCAACAAAAUAUUACUGUGAUAUAUUUUGUUGCCUUCAAUUA